AUGGCCCUUUUGCAACGAAUUGCAGCUCAAUCGACUCUUCGCUUUGUUCCGGCCGUGUCCAUGACCCUGGCCCGAAGCGCUUCCACCAUGGCACCCAAGCUCAACGAUCCUUCGCUCUUGAAGCAAAACGUGAAUUACAUCAACGGCAAAUUCGUGCCGUCCAUCUCCGGCAAGACCUUCAAGGUCACUGACCCCUCAACGGGCGAGCUCGUCGGCACCAGCGCCGAGGCCGACGUCGACGAUGCCCAGAGCGCUAUCGAGGCGGCCGCCGAGGCCUUCAAGACAUUUCGCAAGCAGACGGGCCGCGAGCGCGCCAAGCUGCUGCGCAAGUGGUUCGACCUUAUGAACGAAAACGCCGAGGACAUUGCCAAGCUCAUCACCUGGGAGAACGGCAAGCCCCUCGCCGACGCCAAGGGCGAGACGGCCUACGCCGCCAACUUCUUCGAGUGGUUCAGCGAGGAGGCGCCCAGGACCUAUGGCGAUACCAUCCCCAGCUCGCUGGCCGCCAACCGCGUCUGGACCGUCAAGGAACCCGUCGGCGUCUGCGGCCUCAUUACUCCCUGGAACUUUCCCGCCGCCAUGAUUACGAGAAAGAUUGGUCCGGCCCUGGCGGCCGGCUGCACCGUCGUUUGCAAAGCCCCCCACGAGACGCCCUUUACCGCCCUCGCCCUAGCCGAGCUCGCUCACCGCGCCGGUGUCCCCAAGGGCGUCGUCAACAUCAUUGCGUCUCUUGAGAACACGCCUGCCGUCGGCAAGGCGCUCACCACGUCGCCCGUCGUCAAAAAGGUGUCCUUUACCGGCUCUACCGGCGUCGGCAAGCUGCUCAUGAGCCAGUCCUCGAGCACCCUCAAGAAGCUGUCCCUCGAGCUCGGCGGCAAUGCUCCCUUCAUCGUCUUUGAUGACGCCGACCUCGACGCUGCCGUCGCCGGCGCCAUCGCCUCCAAGUUUCGCUCCUCAGGACAGACGUGCGUCUGCGCCAACCGCAUCUACGUGCAGCGCGGCAUCUACGACGACUUUGUCGCUCGCUUCGUCGAGCAGGUCAAGUCCUUCAAGGUCGGCAACGGCUUCGCCGACGGCGUUACCCACGGCCCGCUCAUCCACGACCGCGCCGUCACCAAAGUUCGCAACCACGUUGACGACGCCGUGAGCAAGGGCGCCAAGGUGCUCGUUGGCGGCCAGGCCAUGCCCGAUCUCGGCGAUAACUUUUUCCAGCCCACCGUGCUCCGCGACAUGACGGUCGACAUGGCCGUCGCCACCGAGGAGACGUUUGGGCCCCUCGCCGGCCUGUUUCCGUUUGAGACCGAGGCUGACGUCGUGAGCAUGGCCAACAAGUCCGAGGUCGGCCUUGCCGGCUACUUUUACUCGCGCGACCUAGAGCGCGUCUAUCGCGUCGCCGAGAGCCUCGAGGUCGGCAUGGUCGGCGUCAACACGGGCAUCAUCUCCGACGUCGCCUCGCCGUUUGGCGGCGUCAAAGAAAGCGGCUUCGGUCGUGAGGGGUCCAAGUACGGUAUCGCCGAGUACCAGGUGACCAAGAUGAUUACAUUUGGUGGCAUGAACAAGCCUCUGCAAAGCUAA